AUGAAGAAAAAAUUCGAGGGGAAUGCGAGGGUCAAGAGGUCCCAUCUUCAAGCUCUCCGACGAGAGUUUGAAACCCUAGACAUGAGAUCCGGUGAAAGUCUAACAUAUUACUUCUCUAGGGUCAUGACAGUGACAAACAAGAUGCAAGUUUAUGGGGAGGAUAUGCAGGAUGCCAAAGUGGUGGAGAAGAUCCUACGCUCCUUAACUGAGAAAUUUUACUAUGUUGUCUGCUCUAUUGAGGAGUCAAAGGAUAUCGACUCUCUCACUGUUGAUGAGCUACAAAGCUCAUUAAUAGUGCAUGAACAUAAAAUUGUGCGGCAUAAUGAUGAAGAGCAGGCCUUGAAGGUGACACAUGAAGGAGGCAGAGGUCGUGGUCGUGGUGCUUACAGAGUAAGAGGAAGAGGGAGAGGUCGAGCAGGCUUCAAUAAGGCAACUGUGGAGUGUUAUCGAUGCCACAAGCUUGGACAUUAUCAAUAUGAAUGUCCAACUUGGAAUAAAGAAGUAAACUACACAGAGCUUAAUGAGGAAGAUGAGAUGCUUUUGAUGUCUUAUGUGGAAUUGUGUAAGGCCAAGCGAGAAGAUGCAUGGUUUCUUGAUUCGGGUGUUCUAACCAUAUGUGUGGUGAUCGAGCUAUGUUUAAUGAGCUAGAUGAAAGUUUUCGGCAUUUGGUGAAAUUGGGGAACAACACCAGGAUGAAUGUGACGGGAAAAGGAAGUGUGAAGUUGUUGCUCAAUGGAGUUAAUCACGUUGUAACUGAAGUGUUCUAUGUU